AUGCCCGUUGGAAUCAAAACCCCGUCAAAUCAAAUCAAGCUCACCAACCUCGCCUUGGUGCGCAUGAGAAAAGGCAAGAAACGCUUCGAGGUCCCUUGCUACAAGAACAAGAUACUCGACUACCGGAACAAGAUUGAGACAGAGCUCGAUAACGUGCUGCAAGUCUCAGAGGUCUACCUCAAUGUCAGCAGGGGCCAGGCGGCAUCGGAUGCCGAUCUCGAGAAAGCCUUCCCGGGAAAGACCCGGAAACAGGUUGUCGAGCAUAUAUUGGAGAAAGGGGACUUUCAGGUCGGAGAGAAGGAGCGUGGUGCUGAGCUGGACCGAAUCAAGAAUGAGGUCAUCGACAUCGUGGCCUCCAGACUCGUCGAUCCGAAAUCCAAGCGCGUCUACACGACAGGCAUGAUAGAAAAGGCUCUUGAUCAACUCAGCACGCAGUCGAGGAACGCAGGAACCGAGAAACAAGAUGGGGAAGGCGCCCAAAGCGGAGAGCAGAACGGAAAAGCAAAAGAGGUGCCAAAAUGGUCUGGUGUGGCCACCGGCAAGCCCGCUAAAGCGCAGGCGCUCAACGCUGUCAAGGCGCUGGUCGCGCAUCAGCCAAUCCCAGUGGCCAGGGUGCAGAUGAAACUAAGAAUUACCUGUCCUACAUCGGUCCUGAAGCAGGCUGUCAAAUCCGUCCCCAAGGCUCACCCGUCGAAAGAGGCAGACAGAGGAGAAGAGAAGGCGCACGGCACCGUCAAGGACGCCAUUCUUAGCCUCAUAGACAAGAUCGAGAGCCAGGAUGUGAUGGGUAGCGAAUGGGAGGCCGUCGGACUGGUUGAGCCUGGAGACUUCAAGACACUGAAUUCCCUGAUCGAAAGCCACACCAAAGGCCGCGGGAACGUACAAGUGUUGGACAUGGCUGUUGGGGUGGACGUCUGA